AUGGCGGAUGAACUCCCCCCGUUAUGGUUCCCACCCAUGAGUAGCGACGAUUCAUCCGAUAGUAGCAUUCUUUUUUUUCAAAAUCUCAUCGAAGAAGCCGAACUUCAAGAUACCGGCACAUCUAACCGAAGGAGAUAUAUUGAACGUCAACGUGAGGAGGGGCAUGAGACACUCAUGGCGGAUUAUUUUGUCGAAGACCCGAAGUACAACGAAGAUAUCUUUCGGCAUAGGUUCCGUAUGUCGAAACAUUUGUUUCUACAAAUUGUGUCCGAUGUGGAAGAGAACGACCCGUGGUUUGUAGAGGCCCCCGAUGCGCGAGAGUUCUUACGUAGACCGACAAGCCACGACAUGGCACUUUUAUACCAAGCUCAUGAGGAAAAACAUCACCUUCCAGAGUAUCGAGGCCAAUACAUGCGAGGAGAUCAUAGAUACCCGAAUAUUAUGCUCGAAGCGGUUGCUUCUCAAGACUUAUGGUUUUGGCAUGCUUUUGCCGGUCCACCGGGUUCUCAAAACGAUAUCAAUGUUCUACAACAAUCUCCGUUAUUUUUAACGGAACGAAAUGGAACCGCGCCAAAAUGUCCAUUUUACGUUAACAACCAUUUAUACAAACGUGGUUAUUUGCUCGUGGAUGGAAUCUACCCUUCGUGGUUCGUGUUUGUGAAGUCGAUCCCUUACCCUCACGAAGUAAACGAAAAGAAAUUCAAGAGGCAACAUGAGGCGGCAAGGAAAGACGUCAAACGGGCUUUUGGUGUUUUGAAGGGGAAAUGGGGUGUAUUGAGUCGACCGAUGCGAGCAAGAUCGGUUAAAAAAAUUAGGAAUGUCGUGUACACGUGUAUUAUUUUACACAACAUGAUUUUGAAAGACGAUGGAAAGGCGAUAGCACCGGUGCACAUUCGGGAUCCUCCGGUCGAGCCGGCUCUAGACGAUACGGUGUUGGGCGAGUUGUUGAAUGAAGACACCCAUUGGAGACUCAAACACGAUCUCAUAGAUCAUCUCGCAAGUCAAGAUUUACCCCAUCUUUUGGCCGAUUCCGACGAAGACUAG